CUGGACCGGAAAUACAUCUGCCUGAAAUAAGGCGGACCGGAAGUGUCGUUAGUUGGUUGUGCUCUCGGUGCGCUGGCGGUGAAAUUCUCUCGCUAGCUGCGGAGCAAAUUCUCCACUUUGUGAACGUCGACGUUUCAGUCCAAUGGGAGACAGUGAUGACGAGUUCGACAGGAGGAGGCGGGACAAGUUCAGGAGAGAGAGGGGCGACAUGGAGCGGUCGAGGGAGAGGGAGGAGCGGAGGCGGGACGACUGGCCUGACAGGGACUGGGACCGUGGCCGAGAGAGGAGGAGGGAUUACGAUCGCGGACGCAGAGAGAGGUUCUCUCCACCUCGACACAUCAGUCCUCAGCACAAACGCAUGAGGAGAGACUGGGACGACCACCGAGGGGGGGAGCCGUACCGCUACGACCUUCCGUACGGAGGAGGAGGAGGAGGAGGAGGAGGGGGUCCGUUUCCGGGGGCGGGGCCUCAGGGCUGGCAUCCCGACCUCCCCCACCUUCAUCCUCACCAUGGAGGUCACCCGCUGCAGGGCAGGUUGGGGAUGAUGGAUCCCGACCUCCCACCUCCUGGUCCUCCCACAAUGAGGAGCUUCAAGGAGUUCCUGUUGAACAUGGAGGACAGCGUCGACGAGACGGAGGCCGUGAAGCGCUACAACCAGUACAAGCUGGACUUCCGGCGGCAGCAGCUGCAGGACUUCUUCCUCCAGCACAAAGAACAGGAGUGGUUCCGCUCAAAGUACCACCCUGACAACAUUACCACCAGAAAGGCGGAGUCUCUGGCCGCCCUCAAAACCCGGCUCGGCGUCUUCCUCUUCCUGAUGGACAACAAUUGGCUGGACAACGUGUCGCUGGACAUGGACCACUGUCCCGCCAUCAUCAAACUCCUUGAUGCAGCCGUGAUAAAGAUGGAGGGAGGAACAGACUUUGACCUGCAGGUGCUGGAGGCGCCAGCUGCUCCUGUGGCAUUGCUGGCGGCACCGACCGGGGGGGAGGCAAGCAGCGCCAGCGGAAGCAGCAACAGCAACAUCAGUAGCAGCAGCAGCAGUGGAGGAGGAGGAGGAGCAGCCGGGGGGGAGAAGAGUCAAGGAGAUUCAAGUGGAGGAAGCGUCAGCGGUCAGACGACUUCGGAGGCGACCGGGAGUCGGACGGAGGCGACGACCAGCGGCGAGACGAGCGAGACAAAAGAUAAGGACUGUGAAGAAGAGGCCAAGCAGAACGGAGAAAAGGAGAAGGACGAAGAGGGCGAGGAGGGGGAGGAAGAGGAGGAGGAGGAAGAGGGGGAGGAGAAGAAAGAUGAUGAGGAGGAGGAGGAGGGGGAGGAGAAGACGACGAAGAAGAAAGGCAGGAAGAGGAAACGGAGCGUGUCGGCGGACAGUGGGGAGGGCAGCGCCUCUGACUCUGACUCCUCCCACUCUGACGGAGACAAGGAGGAAGAUGACGAAAAGGAGGAAGAGGAGGAGGACCGAGCGGAUGAGCGUCGUAAGGAGCGGGGGAAGGAGAGGGAGAAGGAGGCUCCAGCGAAACCCCGCCCCCUCCACCUCACCACCUCCCUGUUCAUCAGGAGCAUCCCACCUGAGGUGUCCAAGGAGGAGAUCACUGCUCUGUGUCGCAGGUACCCGGGCUUCCUGCGGGUGGCACUGUCGGACCCUCAGCCCGAGAGGAGGUUCUUCAGGCGGUGCUGGGUGACGUUCGACCGCGGUGUGAACAUCAAGGAGACCUGCUGGAACCUCCAGAACAUCAGGCUCAGGGACUGUGAAUUGUCUCCGGUGGUCAACAGAGAUCUGUGUCGACGCGUCCGCAACGUCAACGGUCUUACUCACCACAAACCAGUGCUGAGGAAUGACAUCCGCCUGUCGGCCCGACUCGUGCACAGCCUGGACCAGCGGGGAGAGCUAUGGGCUGGACAGAUGGAGACGAACCCCGUCCUGAAGAACAUUACAGAUUACCUGAUCGAGGAGGUGAGCGCUGAGGAGGAGGAGCUGACAGGUGCCGCCGGGGGCAACGCCGACGGAGGGGGCGACGCCAAAGACCCCGCCUCCUCCUCCUCGGAUGUUACCGUGGAGACGGACGACAAGCUGAUGAAGGUGCUGGACAGACUGCUGCUCUACCUGCGUCUGGUUCACUCUGUAGAUUAUUAUAACUUCUGUGAAUAUCCUGCUGAGGAUGAGAUGCCUCAUCGCUGUGGCCUGAUCCAUGUACGAGGACCCCUACCUGUGGCCAAGAUCACUGCAGCCGAGGUGAGCGAACAUCAGAGGAUGUGUGAGGAGCGUCUGUCUCCACUGCUGUCGCCCUCGGAGACGCUGAGCGAAGAUGACGCCGCCAGACUCGGAAAGAAGGAGCCGGAACAAGAGGUGGAGAAGUUCCUUUCAGCCAACGCUCAGGAGCUCAGUAAAGACAAGUGGCUCUGUCCUCUGAGUGGCAAGAAGUUCAAGGCUCCAGAGUUUGUCCGUAAACACAUCCUGAACAAACACGGAGAGAAGGUCACCGCCGUGCGACAGGAGGUCGAGUUCUUCAACAACUUCCUACUAGACGCAAAGAGACCGGCUCUACCUGAGAACAAGCCCCUCCUACCGCUGGUGCAAGCGACGCACCCUGGUGUUCCCGGAUUUCCUGGUCAGGCGCCGCAACAGCAAAGCCUUCUGGGAUAUCCCCCUGGAGUCAGACCACCGAUGCCCGGCUUCCCUGGUGGGGGACCUCCGUACCCUCCUAACCAGUUUGGGGUUGGCCGUGGUAACUACGACAACUUCAGAGGACAUUUAGGAGGAGGAGGAGGAGGAGGAGGGGUGUUUCCUGGGAAACAGAGAAACAACAGGGGCGUUCGAGGGGACCCCCGAUCGAUCAUUGAGUACCGAGACCUCGACGCUCCCGACGACCUCGACUUCUUCUGAACACAACAACGUCGAACCACAGGAUGGUUUUUUGUUUUUGUUGUUUUUUAAAAACUUUUUUUAUUUCCAUGAUUCUCAUUAUCUUCCCUCCAUCUUUAGCUUGUCUUUUAUUGUUUAGUUAGGACUGAGAGUGUGUGUGUGUGUGUGUUUGUGAGACUGUGGGUGUGCGUGUGUGACUGUGUGUGUGACUGUCAGCAAUUAGUGAUGAUGAUCUGAUUCGUUCACUUUCCAAUAAAGCUCCUUUGAGGAAGACUAAUGAUGAA